AUGAUAGCUGCGGAGGAGAAAUACCAGACUGCCCGGAGGUCAGUAGCUGUUUCCUCUUUCUCCAGAGCUGCAGAAUGGCAGCUGGACCAACCGGCGUGGAGUGGCAGGCUGCGUAUAACAGCCAAGGGCAAGAUCGCUUUCAUUAAGCUGGAGGACAAGACUUCAGGAGAACUCUUUGCCCAGGCUCCUGUGGACCAGUUUCCUGGCAUUGCUGUGGAGGGUGUGACAGACUCCAGCAGAUAUUUUGUCAUUCGGAUUGAAGAUGGAAAUGGUACAGCUACUGUUUGCCACACUCUAAAGAGAUGGGCUUGGGGGAAUCAUAUCUUUGGAAGUUCUCAGUACCCUUGCUCUGAGUUCUUCUCAUCUGCGAAGAGUUUUUUUUCAAGGGCUAAAUAUACUUUUCAUGAAGUGGGUAAUGGGGCAAAUUACCUCUCACUCCCCUGUGCCAACUGCACUCUGUCCUUCGCCAGCCAUAAAAACAGUUUACUCUUCUGGUUUGCCUUGCGGCUCAAGUGUGCCAGCAGAUCACUUGAGCUGUGCUGCCGGCGCCUGCUGGGAGUCACUCCCUCUGUGCUGCCUUGCAGCACAUCGCUCCAGCAGACGAGGUCUCGGACCAUGUCAAACAUAUUUAAAGAACUGCCACUACGCUGCGGGGCUGAUCUUGGCCAGGAAGCGUCAUGCUGGUUGUUGACGUGUCUUUUUCUUUUUGCCUCCUGCAGAUGGGUCAGGCAGCAGAGUGAGCUGGCCAAACAGGCCGAGAACCCAGAUCAGGGACCCAAACUGGAUCUGGGCUUCAAGGAGGGGCAGACCAUCAAACUUAACAUUGCGAAUAUGAAGAAAAAGGAAGGAGCAACGGGGAAUGCCAAACCGCGUCCCCCAGGUCCCGGGGGUCUGAGCUUGCUCCCACCACCUCCUGGAGGAAAAUCUUCCACUCCGGUUCUUCCCUCCGGAGAGCGGCCGUCUUCGCUCUCUACGCCUGCCCAGGCUGCGAGCAGGCCGAGCGCAGACUCUCUCUUGGCCUGGCCGCAGCCCAGCGCUGCUCCCUCAGCUGCCGCCGCUGACAUCUGGGGCGACUUUGCCAAAGCUUCAGGGUCAGCUUCUAACCAGAAUCAGGCAAACGCAGGCUGGGUUCAGUUCUGAGCCAGACACCUCUUCUGCUUUUUCCUGCGCGGAUGCUGAGAAAGGGACCUUUUGAUUCCUUCUGGACCAAAGCAGGGGUGGGGAGCCCUCCUGCACCCUUUCCCUCAGAGCUAACAUGCUGCUUCAGGACACUCCACUUCUGUCUCGUCGUGGCAUUGUACUUCCCUAAUCUUUCCAGGCAAGAAAUGAGACCCGAAAACCCGGCCCUUAAGUGCCUUGGGAUUGAUAUGCUGAAAUUGGUGCUGGAGAGCCAAAUGAGAAUGUGCCUUAAAACACGCUGAGCCAGCGUCCCCGGGGCCAGGGACCUUUUAUUCUCUACCUGAAUCAUAGCAAAUCUUAGAAAAAUCACUGCCAGGAGGGGAGAGAAGGUCGGCCUGCCUUACCGCACCACGGUGAUUUCUGGGUUCCACCCGUGAUCUUUCCUGCAUCUUCCUCCCCUUCUUUCUUGCUGCCUUGUCUAACAUAGCUGCAGAAAGCCGACAGCUUCGUCACGACCUGUGUUCCCUUAGUAACAUGCAGUUGAGAGAGUGCGAAAAGCAGCGCUGGAAGACUUGAGCUCGCUUGCGGGCCCCUGUGCCUUUGCUGUUCGGUAGGGUAACUUUUUACUAACAGUCUGUGCAACAGAGACAGGUUAAUGCAUGCAGUAGUGGGCUGAGAGAGACUCCUCUGCUCUGUGCUGGUCUUGCAGAGGUCACGCGUCUGGGACUCCGGCAGGCGAAAGCUUUCCCUCUCCAGGGUAUCUUCCCAGAGACUUUUCCCGUGCAAAACCUCGCUUUUAACUCCUGCUUCCCGAGGUGCCCUUGCGUCACGUAGACAAAUGUCCUGCAAAGAUGCCGAGCAUCGCCCUGAGUGUUUCUGAGCACUUAACUGAUGAUGUGAGAGGGGGGAGCUGGGCUACAAAGUUUAGAUAACUGUCUGAGCACGAUGCUAAAUUUCUGUAUUUCUUGUCCCAGUUAAGUUUUUUUCCUCUAUUUUGAAGAGAGAUUUUUACUUCUUAUUGCAGAUGUUUUAUUAAUCUAAUGUAUAGCUAGAAGCAACGAAGGACAGAUUUGAGUUGGUCUCUUUAACAGAGCUGAGGUUGAGAUUUCUCUUUAGAAAAGAAUAUUUUCUUACCUAUUUAUAUUAAGGUGAAGGCCUUUAACCGUAUGAAGUCCUGCUAUUUUUUAAGUGUUUCAAACUUUGUCUUUUUUAUUAUUAUUACUUCCAUUUUCAACUGGAUGGGGAGCGUUUCGAUUUGAGAGUUUAAUCUUGCCUGGCACAGAGCGCACCAAGCCAGGUGAGACGUGUAACGCUUUAA